AUGGGUACCGGAACGAUCCCCUUCAAUAACAAUUAUGAUAUCACUGAGGUUUAUCUAGUUGAUGGGCUCAAAUACAACCUUCUAAGCAUAAGUCAGCUAUGCAACUCAGGAUAUGAGGUAAAGUUUAAGAAAACAGGUUGUGUUAUUGAAGAUGAGAUAGGUAAAACAAUCCUCCCAGGUAAAAAGUAUGGAAAUGUUUACAUUCUUAAUGGUUUUGAAAAUAUUGAUGGUCAUAUCUGUUUAACUUCAAUAUCUGAUGAUCCCUGGCUAUGGCAUAGGAAACUUGGUCAUGCAAGCAUGCAUCUGAUUGAAAAACUCUCCAAGCAUGAGUUAGUUAUUGGAAUGAAAACCAGGGGAGCUCUCAAGAAGAAAGCAAACAUAGCAUUGAUCUCUCAAAUUGAGCCAAAGAAAAUAGAGGAAGCUCUUAAAGACUCAAGUUGGAUGCAAGCGAUGCAGGAUGAGUUAGAUCAAUUCGACAAAAAUCAAGUAUGGAAACUGAUACCCAAACCUGAAAACGUUCCUGUGAUAGGGACAAAGUGGGUCUUCAGAAAUAAGCUCAAUGAGGAUGGAAAAGUUAUGGAUGUUAAAAGUGCCUUCUUAAAUGGCUUCAUUGAAGAGGAAGUAUAUGUGAAGCAACCCCCUGGGUUUGUAGACUUAGAGUUUCCAUAUUAUGUGUAUAAGCUAACUAAAGCACUGUACGGGCUGAAGCAAGCUCCACGAGCAUGGUACGAAAGAUUAAGCUCUUUUCUUAUUGAUCAUGGGUUUACAAGAGGUAAGGUAGAUACUACUCUGUUUAUCAGAAGGUUUCAGUCAGCUCCUAAGGAGUCUCACCUGACUGCAGUAAAAAGAAUCAUUCGAUAUCUCAUUGGAACUGUGAUAAGGAAGACAGAAAAAGCACGAGUGGGGCAUGUUAAUUGCUUGGCAAAGCUUUGA